CCCCGCCCUCAGCGCGCGCCCGGUCCCUCGCACUUCAUCCGGGGUCCUGACUGCAGCGCCACAGCAAGAGGUAGAGGAGGAGUCCGGCGGGCCAGGCCCGGGGUGUGCAAUGGCCGAAGACACGGAGUGGGUGCUGGAGAGCGUGCUGGCCUUCCUCGGCUGCCCCGCCUGGACCGUGCCCGUCAGCGGCUUCAUAGAGCGCCAAUGCUCAGUGUUUGAUGAUGAAGAGGAGAAUAAGCUGUCGUACACGGAGAUUCACAAUGAAUACAAGAUACUGGUGGAAAAGCUCAUACAUGAACAUCUGAAUGACAUGGGGAUUAGUGAGGAGCAGUUUCAACAAGCAUGCUUAUCCCCCCUUGCCAAUUCACCAGACGUUAAGAUGAUCUUGCAAUCUGUGGUCGCUGUAGAAGAUUUUGCGGUCUUUAAAGAAAUGAUGCUGCAGAAGAACAUAGAGCUUCAGUUGCAAGCAAUCCAGAUCAUCCAGCAAAAUAACGGUGACCUUCCAGAAUGCCUGAAAAAUGGUGCCGAUUUUAUUUCAGACCUUGAACAACAGGAAAUAAAAAUGAUCUCUGAAGCUUUAAGGAUAUCAAAGGAGGAAUAUGAACAGGAACAGCUGCGCAGAAAGGAAAAAAGUGAAGCUAAUGUACAUAAAAAUUUCCCCAAAACGUCUUCACAAGAGAAAGUGACCACUCCAGCCCGUGAACAAGUCAAACCUCUUCAAACCAUCAAGCCGUCCUUGAAAGAGGAGGAACUUCCAUACAGACAACUGUCUGCAAGAUUGAAAGAGCUUAGUAGCACAGAAGCUGCUGAGGCCUGGAUGGAGCAAGCCAGGAAAGAAGCAGGCAUACAGGGCGCUUUAACUAGCUUGUCGCAGGCAGAGAAGGAACAACUCCAAGAACGUGCAGAAUAUCUCAGGCAAAAAAGAGCAGAACUUUUAGCACGGAAAGGGGAAUCUAAGAAGGGAACCCAAAAUACUGAGCAGAGCAAAGAAAUGCAUCCUCCCCGAAUCAGCAGCAAAAGCAGAUGACUGAAGAAGAACUGAAGAACUUACAGAAAAGAAAGCAACUUGCAGAAAAGCUUAAAGAGGAAGUAAUUCACAAGUGAAACGUCGCCCUCUGCUUUGCUUAUUCUUCCAUUCAAUAGAUUGCCAAAGCUUUCCGUAUACACAUUGUUAGCCUUAAGGUGUUGUACCAAGUUUAAAAGUUACUCCCUUUCCACAGGAUAGGGGAUAAAUAUCUCAUUGGUAGGCUUCUAGGACCCCACAGAACCUGAAAUUGAAUGGCAGGCAGGUUGAUUAUGCAUGUGCUGACGCUCCAUUCAUUUUCUGAGACUGCUGGAGAUAGCCAAGUGUUUGGACACCCACCGAUCAGCCAAUGAAGGGAUAACUUUUAAACUUGGCACAACCCCUUUACAAAUACUUUGUUCUAGCCUCUAAAUACAUUUACAUUUGGAAAGAAAUGGAGCUCAUGAUGACAGGGAAAAAAAACUGAGGCUGGAAAAAAAAAGGCUGUUCCACAUGCAGACAUUUACAGCUUAUCCAUACCAUUAAUGUGUGAUAGGUAGGGGCCCCACCUCCAGGGAGAAUCCACAUUCCAUAAGGCCCCCCUCUUCAUUUGGUCUCCUAUACAGCCUAGUGCCAGAUGCCUCUCUUUCCUGUCCCCAAUGGCCCCCAACAUAUGGGUCCCCUGACCUCUGUUAGGCCUCUACCUAUCAGACAUUUAUGGCCUAGCCUGUCCUAAAUAUAGUGAGAAAAUAUUUUUAAAAUUACAUUUUUGCUAAUAAACUAUGAAAAAUGCCUUAUUUUCUUUUCUAUGGAAUAGACCAGGGAUGCUCAACCUGCGGCCCUCCAGCUGUUGAAUACCUACAACUCCCACCAUGCCCCGCUGUAGGUUGUCUGGGCAUUAUAGUUUUGCAACAGCUGGAGGGUCGCAGGUUGGGCAUCCCUGGAAUAGACAAAUGUUGCCAAAACAUGGAAGUGCACUUAAUAGGAGUUAAUGGACGUGAUCUCCUCUUGAAAGUAACGUUGGCAUUAGUUUGUCUGCUAAAACCAUCUCAUCAUUACUCAACCACAGAGUUGCAAUUUGCUUGCUGUUCACCACAGUCUCUCUCCCUAUGACAACUCUUCCACCUGUCAAGAUUGUAUGGAUCCAAAUUCAUAUCCUGCUUAGUGUUAAGACGGUUGGUACUUGCUGGCCAGUUAUUACAUUGUAGUGAAUAGGUCAAUGUGAAGCAUUAAAAACCACCUGCAAAAUCUGUGACUGUA